AUGGCCUCCUCCCCGGAGUCAGCCCAUAUCCCUUCCGACGGCUCGCAAGCCGGAUCUCGCACGCCAACCCGAAACAUCCCCAACUCGUCGGUCGGAGGUCUCUCGGAACUGUCCCCGCCGGGUUCCCAGACCCAAACCACCUCAAGCAAUCUAGGCAGCGGUGCUCCGGGCACCACGUCGGGCUCGACGGCACCGGAGGAUCAACCGGGAGCCAAGUGGCUCAAUAAGCGGGCAGAGGAGGAUUACCAGCGUGCGAUGGAGUUGGUGGUGGAUAAGGAUUUCAACCUCAAUGAAUUCGGAGAUCCAUUUGAUGAGAGGGAUAUGAAGGCGAAGGCAUUCUAG